AUGUCCACCAGCGUCUCGUCCGCAGCGCGCCGCCUUCAGCGGGAGCUGCAGCUCGUCCACCGCGAGCCCAGCUGGGGCGCGGCACGGCUGAACCAAAAGAUUCUUCCCGCACUUUUUGCGGAGCUUCAGUCGGCUCAAGAUCGCUCCAAGCCGAGAAGAGCUUUCCAGCUUGCCAAGGUCUCCGCCGAUGACCUCUUCACGUGGCACUGCAACGUGGCCGGGCAGCCGCCUGGCGGUGGCUCCCCAGUGAUUCUGCACCUAGAGCUGACCUUCACCCAAGAAUACCCCAUGCGACCUCCGCGCGUGCAUGUGCUGGGGAGCACAGUGCAGCAUCCGAACGUCUUCUCCACCUUCAUUUGCUUGGAUAUGCUGGAAGGGGGAGAAUGGGCGGCCGAUGAAGAGAAGAGGAAGCCCUACAUGGGCUGGAGCAGCGCAUACAGUGUGCUGGCCAUCCUCCGCCAGUUGCAGACCUUCUUCUUCGAGGGCGAUGGCUCCGAAUGGUGGAAGUGUCCAAGGUGCACCCUUCACAAUCAGAAGAAAAACCGACGCUGCGAGCUUUGUGACCAUCCUCGUGGGCAGGCCAUUGAAAUCAUGGUCGAGCACCAUGAAGGCUUCAAGUGCAAGUGCGGUCAUCAGGCUACCGGUCCUCAUUGUCCGGCGUUCCCGAACGCAAUCGACUGUGACGAUGCUCCGGCUUCAGCACCCUUGCCCUCGGCUUGCUUGGGAAGUGUUUGCGUCAUUUGCCUCGGGGAUCUGGACGAUGAAGCUAGGGGCCCACUUGCCGGCGCGCCCGCUGCACGACCUUUGGCACAGCUCUGCGAGCACGGCACACCAGUCUGCACACACUACUUCCACCUGCCCUGCGCAGCGAAGCUGACCUCGAGGUGCUGCCCCAUCUGUCGGAUGCCUUUCCGGGAGGUCAUGCAGGUGUCCCGCCCAGCCAGGGCGGUCCUGGCUGACUCGGGGUCUGCCGUCCGACGUCCUCUCCUCGGCGGAGCGAUACAGAGGAUGGCCUACUUGGCAGACUGGCCGGCGGCUGUCGUGAUCGAAGUCAUGUCCUGCCUGCGUCGACACGACCGCCUUUCACUGGCCUAUGCCGUCCCGGCUUGGCAGGAAACGGCUCAGGCGCCCCUCUUCUGGGAGGCUCAGGAAGUCCAGUGCUUCCACGAGAAGAUCGGGCCGGACGAGGAUGUGAUCGGCAUCGGCGUGUGUGCACAGGGCCGUGGCCGGCUUGCCAAGCUCACAGCAUUCUUCGACGCGGUCUCCCAAACUGCUUGGCAAGGAGGCCUCCGACGUGCGGCCUGGAAGGAGCCCCUCACGCAUUGGCUGCCAUUGUUCGUGCACGCGCAGCACGCGCUGACGGCCGCCUCCCUCUUGGCGGGCUGCCUCAAUCAACUGGCAGACGCCUGCCCACAGGGAGAGGAUUCCCACUUGCCGCCGCCGGUCUUCCGACUCCUGCGCGAGCGGGACGCCCCGCAGCCUGCGGUGGAUGCUAUUGUGGCACUCCCUGAGAUCAUGCACCAGCUGCUCAAGCAGGUCUUGUAUGGCGACCGCCAUGCGUCCCUCAAGCUCUUGAAGGGCUAUUUCGUGAUGCACCGCCUCUUCCUCCACUGCUGUGAUCGUUGGCCUGUGGUGCGCGAAGCGGCGGACUUGGCACUGCAGGAGUUCAUUGGCUCGGACGAGGGCUGCACCAAGCAGGCGACUCCCUGGCUCGCCUACAUCCUGCAGCUUCUGACAGUGUCGAACAUCGGCUGGGAUCGGGUCAAGGACCAGUUUCUGAGGGAGGCGCUGGCAAGAGAGGUGCAGUUUAUCCUCCCGAAGUACCCGAGCUACCGGCCGACCCUGCCGGACCAGGAGUCCAGGGAGGAAGCUCACAUCCCCGACAGCGAGUGGGGUGCCGAAACCGGAGUUGCGGGAAGCGACCGGCAGGCUCCCACCACGGCAGCGACGGAGCUGGCCCCGAACGCCUGGCGCGGGGCCAACCGCGGGUGGAGCCGCCUCUUGGGCCGGCCGCGAGGUGGCGAAGGUGUCCAUGCCUUUUCCGUCCACGUGCGUCGCCUGCCUGCCGGCAGUGCAGUGCGGGUCGGCUGGGUUGCCGAGGAGGGAGAUAAGCUCGUGGGGGCAACGUCCCUGGGCUGGGGGUACCAUGCCUCCAACUCCUGUUUCGGUGGCUACGGCUGGAAGGCUCACGAUGGUCGCUGGACCCGCUACGGCAAAGCCUUCGGCGAGGGAGACACCAUUACGGCUGUCCUCGAGCCCGGUGUCGUCAGGUUCCUGCUGAACGGCGAGGAUUUGGGCGUGGCCUUCCGCAUCGACAGCUCCCAAAUCCCUGGUGGCUUCUGCCCGGCCGUGGCUUUGCGGCGCGACGCCGAGGUGGAGAUCGCUGCGGUGGAAGAUUCGGGACCACAGGUGGAGCUCUUUCUCACUCCCGAGCGCCAGCGAGAUGUGGCGUGGGAUGCCAACAGGCGUGGCAACACCUUGAUCAUGUUCCAAGUGUACUUCCUUUCCUUGGUGCGUCCAGCCCAAGAUCCUCCUGAUUGGUCAAAGCUCAAAGAGGAGUAUGACAGACGCUACGGCUUUCCAUCUCCACAGAUGUCUUCGGCCCUGUUCGACAAGUUCAGCGAAGUCCACCACAUCCGCACCAUGUCUGGGCAGGAGGCGUGGAGGAAGUUCUUGGACAUGAUCGGCUUCCCCGACUUGGACAUGGACGGCUUGCAGGCAUGGCUGUGCGUCGCCUACGAGCGUGCGAAAGCCCUGGGCUACAAGCAGGGAGGCCACAAGUGGCUGUGGCGCUUUCUGCGGAGGCGGGAUUGGCGCCGAUUCGAAGCGUGCUUGGAGCGAUUGAGGGAGCGUGACAUCCAGUUCGACGAAGUGACCUACAACUUCGCGAUGUAUGGCUUGAUGCUCCACCCGCAGAAAGACGACGAGCUGGCUAGCCAGGUCUUCGACGAGAUGAAGGAAGAUGGCCGUUUCCACCCUGCCCUGUUGGAUAGCCAAGACAGAAACAAGCACAUGAAAGACACUUUGCUUGAGUUUGUGCAGCAUACAUGCUAUGUUGUCAGAGUGCUGUUGCCGUGA